AUGACUUCUCGUCGUGGAAUAUUUUUUAAUUCAAAAUCACGUACUAAUGAUAAAAUAACUCAAUUAUCAACAGCAAUAUCAAAUCAAGAUACAACUAGUAAUACAAAUCAAACAGGAGGAACAGUUAAGAAAAAAAUUAUAUUAAAUCAUACAAAACGAACUAUAAAUAAAACAAUUUAUUCUGGUCCAAGAAAAAUUUUUAGUACAAAUUAUAAAGCUAAUCGUACACAAUUAAAUCAUAAAGCUUUUUUUGGUGGUAAUACCGAUGAAUAUGAUCUAGAUAAUAAUCAAACAACAACAACAAUUAAUACUCUUCGUUCAAAAACAAUAAUGCAACAUAGUACAACAAAAACUGAUUCAAAACAGAUACAUACAACUGUUUCAACUUUUCGACAACCAACAACAUGUUCAGAACUUGAUGAAACACAAAGUUAUAUUGAUGAUAUGGAUUAUCUAUUAGCAGGAUUUCAACCUGGAAAAUUACUUGGAGAUCGUUGUCUCAGUGCGAUUAAAUUUGCUGAAUUAUGUACUAAAGCAUCAUUUCGUAUGCAUAUACAAACAGAAAGUGCACUCGAACGUAUAUUCAAUUUAUUAAAAGAUGCGCCAGAUGUACCGAGUUUAAAUUUAUGCACAGCGUUUAUUUUAUAUAUACUUUCAUUAGACAUAUUAACAUCACAAAUGAAUUCAGAUAUUAUACGUUUAAUGUUAGAUUUAGUUACAAAGAGUUCAACAAUAAAUAUUGAUGAUCGAGAAUAUAAGAAAAUGAAAGAACGAAUAUUAAUAAUUAAUAAUAAAUCAUUAUCAGAAGAUAUUUUUUAUGAAGAAAGAUUUAAUACAUGCGAUAUUAUUCUUGAAACGUUUGUUAAUAUUUCUCAUCAUAAUUUAAAAGAAUCUUUACAAGAUGAAAUACGUAUAUUAGGUGGUUUUGAUCAAAUAAUUAAUGCAGUUUAUUCAAUAAUCCAAGAUUUAUCAAAUAAUGAUUUUCAAUGUUAUCCAUUAUCAGAAUUAUCAUUACGUUAUAGAAAAUUAUGUCGAUUUAUUAAUAUGUUAGAAGAAUUCUCAAAUGAAAAUUCUGAACAAUCAUCAAAAUUACAUUUAGAUGUUAAUCGAAUGUAUAUUGCUCAGUAUAAUCAAUAUUCCUUAUUUCAUUCCUUAUCAAAAUUACUUGAUCUUUCGCUUAUUUGGCUUCAACAAUAUUCAUCGAUGAAUGAAAAUAGUGCUGCAACUACAACAACAACUAAUAUGAAAAAUUUAAAUAUACAUCAUCUAUUUCGAGAUGGAUGUAAGACAAUCAUGUCUAUACUUGUGAUUUUUACUAAUGAUUGCGAAAUCAUUUGUGAUCGUUUAACAUCAGAUAAUCGAUUCUUUUCAAAUUUAUUUCGUUUACUUAUUACUAUUGAAAAAAGUUCAUUUAGUAAUGAAGAUAAAUUUGAUACACUUGCAUUGACGCUUAAUUUAUUAAUUAAUCUCGUACAAAAUACAAAACAUGUCUAUAAAUAUUUAAUGGAAGAAAAUAUGCCUGAUGGAAAUCCAUUAAAAAUUUAUGAAUAUCUUGCUAAAUUAUUUUGUGAACAAGAAUCAUCAGCUGCUCGAGCUGAAUCUCUUGAAGAAAAUGAUUGGAUGAUGGAAGAUGUUGAUGAUGAUGAUUUUGAUGAACAAUCAAAUACAAAACCUACAAAUGAAAAUGGAACAAAUUUUAAUCGUGCUUUACAAAAAGCAACUGGUCAUAUGGAAAAUACAUUUGUUGCAGCAUUUGCUGGUGUAAUUUUAGCUGUUAUUUUAUUACGAGAUCGAACAACAUAUGUAUCACAAAUACAAGAAUUAAUGCCACAGAAAAAAUUUGAUACAAUGGCAUUUAUAUUAAAAAAAUUCUUUGUAUUUAUGGAUAUGUCGCAUGCAUUUACACCAUCUGGUGUAAAAAUUCUUGAAGAAAUUAUUUCAAUGGUCUUGUCAUUAUGUGGAUAA